AUGCGCUAUGAGAACAAGGUCGCUUUGAUCACCGGUGGCACGACGGGCAUCGGACUCGAAGCAGCGGUACGACUCGCCGCCGAGGGUGCCUCGGUCGCCAUCACGGGUCGACGGCCCGAUGUCGGCAGCGAUGCACUUGCAACCAUCGAAUCAUCGGGCGGCACUGUGACCUUCAUCCAAAGCGAUGUUUCCAUUGCCGCGGACGCCGAGCGCAUGGUUGCCGAGACCGUCGCCACCUAUGGCCGGCUCGACGUUGCGGUCAACAACGCUGGCAUUGGCGGCCAGUUCACGCGCACCCACGAGAUGGACGAAGACUACUUCGACGACGUCAUCCGCAUCGACCUCAAGGGCGUAUGGCUCUCGAUGAAGUACGAGCUGGCAGCAAUGCUCGAUCAGAGAUGCGGCAGCAUCAUCAACAUUUCGUCGGUCGCGGGCAUCAAAGCCGGACCCAUCACCGGUGCCGCUUAUGUGGCGGCCAAGCAUGGUGUUGUCGGACUUACCCGCAUCGCCGCCGCCGAGUACGCGGCCGAUCAGAUCCGUGUCAAUUGCCUCGCACCGGCGGUGAUCGAGACGCCGUUGGCUGCCAAAUCCUUCGCCGACCCCGAUCUGCGGGCAAUAGUCGAAGCGAAGCAUCCGAUCGGACGCGUCGGCACGCCGAGCGACGUCGCCGCGGCCGUUGCCUAUCUGGGCGCAGAUGAGGCAUCCUUCAUCACCGGCACGGUGUUUCCCAUCGAUGGAGGGUUCGUGUUGUGA